AUGUCCGUGCCGGCGAUAGCCGUGUACACCAGCCCACCGGGCGCCGCCGUCCACGAGCCGCCGGAGCACGAGUCCAGCUCGCGCGGCUCGGCGCCGUGCGCGGCCGCGGCGUCCCCGUCGGCGCCGAGCUCCCACCGCCACGCGGCGGCCGUCGCGGGUGGCCUGUCCUGCCUGUUCUCGUCCCCGUCCGCGGCCCCGCGGGCGACGGCGCACGAGGAGCUCGGCGCGCUCUGGCACGACAGAUCCGACGAGCCGCCCGUCGUCGUCGCCGGGGGCUUCGGCGGCGGGGGCUACUCGUACCCCCAGUCGUCGUCGCCGUCGCCGUUCAAGCUGCGGGACCACCUCCACCGCAGCCCGGUGUCGCUGUUCCACAGCCCUGCCGCCUCCUCGCCGGCGUCCAGGAGCCCGUCGGUUUCCUGGCUCGCCGGCCGCGAGCGCGACAGGCUCUUCUCCAGCUUCGUGCGCAACGCGCUUGGCUCCUGCAUUGACUUCGCGCCGGUCACCAGCUUGCCGUUGGGUGUGCGCCCCGCGGCCACUGGUGUCGACGCCGCCGAGCUGGCCUUCGAGCUUGACGAAAGCCUCUCUGAGGCGGAGCCGUCAUGCGAACCUGGUGCUCAUGAACUCCUCGCCCGCGUCCAGGCUCGCCACCGCAUCUUCCGCGACGAGCUUGUCGUCAAGGCGUUCUUCGAGGCUGAGCGGGCACACCGUGGCCAGAAGCGGGCUAGUGAUGAUCCAUACUUGCAGCAUUGUGUGGAGACUGCGGUUCAUCUGGCCAAUAUUGGUGCAAACGCAACCGUUGUGUCUGCCGGCCUUCUCCAUGACACAAUUGAUGAUUCGUUCAUGGACUAUGAUCAUAUCUUCAGGAUGUUCGGUGCUGGUGUGGCCGAUCUUGUUGAAGGGGUUUCGAAGUUAAGCCAUUUGAGCAAACUUGCUCGGGACAACAAUACUGCAAGUAGGACUGUUGAAGCUGAUCGCCUGCAUACAAUGUUUCUUGCAAUGGCUGAUGCACGAGCUGUUCUUAUAAAGUUAGCAGGUCGUCUGCACAACAUGAAGACGAUAGAAGCUUUGCCUUUGGUUAAACAACAAAGGAAUAACUUAACAAUGGAUGAUGUCCAUGACAUCCAUGGUCUACGGCUUGUGGUUGAUACAGAGGAAGAUUGUUAUCGAGCACUUGACAUAGUGCACAAGCUGUGGCCCCGAGUCACUGGAAGAUUUAAAGACUAUAUUUCUCAUCCGAAGCUGAAUGGGUAUCGGUCGUUGCACACUGUCAUCAUGUGUGAGGGUGUCCAUCCAUUUGAAAUCCAGAUCCGAACAAAGGAAAUGCAUCUACAGGCUGAAUAUGGAUUUGCUGCGCACUGGAGGUACAAAGAAGGUGGCUGCAGGCACUCCUUUGUGCUCCAAAUGGUGGAAUGGGCAAGGUGGGUGCUCACAUGGCAAUGCGAGGCAAUGAGCAAAGAGCGUCCCUCAUCUUUGAGCAGCUCUGUUGGCAUGAGGCCACCAUGCCCUUUUCCCCUGCAUUCGGAAGAUUGCCCCUAUUCUUACAGCCGGCAGUGCAACCAUGAAGGUCCUGUAUUUGUGAUCAUGCUUGAACAUGACAAGAUGUCUGUCCAAGAGCUCCCGGCGAACUCGACUGUAGUUGAUCUAAUGGAGCGAGUCGGGGCCAACAGUCCGAGAUGGAGCCCUUACAGCUUCCCACUGAAAGAGGAGCUGCGACCGAGGGUUAACCACAAGCCCAUAAGCGACCCAAAUAGGAAGCUCAGCAUGGGCGACGUGGUAGAGCUGACGCCUGCGCUCCCUCACAAGUCGCUGACCGAGUACCGGGAGGAGAUCCAGCGCAUGUACGAGCGGGGAGGGUGCCCUCGUCACCACCCCUAG